AUUUGAUUGGCUUAUUUUUCAGAGCAAGAAUGAUGUUGGCCAAUCCAGUGAUGUGGUUUAUAUGUCCCUGGGAGAUACAUUCCACUUCGUAAACAAAUCAUCACUGCGUAGACAUAUACUGAUACAGGCGUAGUUGUUACAGAGAAAUAUCAUUUGAAGACCAUGGCCGAUGAUGAUUUUGAUUUCACUACCAAGAAGAACAGGCCUGAGGCAAAGUUGGGACGGCGAGCUCGUCAGAUACCCCAAGCAGAUACUCCUAAUGGUGACAUAGCGGCCGAUGGCGAUGAUUUAGCAUCUACUGGAGGACCACCAAAGCCAUCCCGAAGACAAGGAGGGUGGGCAGAUGACACUCCUAAGUCAGCAAAGAAAGGUGAAAGGUUGAGGCCAGCAAGUCCUGUGAGGCAUGAUUCAGAUGAUGACAUUCCAGUCAUUCCGGAUUUAGAAGAGUUUCAAGAAGAAGAUAUUGCUACACAGAUUGCAGCGCCACCUAGUGUUCAAGUCAACAGAGUUGCAACAUACAGAGAACUGGAUAAUGACCUUUUAAAACAUUCACAACUUUUGACAUUAGAUGGGGAAAUAGACCUAAAGUUACUGACCAAAGUUUUAGCUGCAGAAUCCGAAGUAAUGGAGGAGGACAAACCUUGGGACUGGGACAGAUUAUUUACAGAGGUCUCUUCAGAGUUACAAACUGAAUGGGAAAAAUCAAGUUCAUCUCCUGCGGAUAAGACACUUUAGUAUAUUUUGUAAUGAUAGCAGCUAUCUAUUUAUAUUUUGGCAGUAACUUUCAAAUCAUGGAAGUUUUGUUACUUAAUUUUUGUCUUCUUUCAUUCAGUUGUCAAUAAAUGUGUUUGUUCUUUUA